ACCGGCCAAUGUUAUAAAAGUUUCAAAACAAACCUCGAAGAAUGAAAGUCGCAAACAAACUUUUGCUGUGAUGUUUAUUUUUAGUCAUUAUUCAAAGAUGUUUUUAUAAUUACAUAUUCUACACUGUUAAGUUAUAAUGAUCACUUACGUAUUCAGCCGUAAGUUCAGGUAUUGUUGGCUAUUCGCGCGGCAGUUUCCCUCCGAACGUAGAGGGAGUCGCACGCUCGUUGCGGAAACUCCCGCCAAAAUGAUCGCGAGAGUAACCGUGUUGAUGUUAAUUGCUUGCAUACAAAUAGCAGAUAGUUUCGGUUCAAACCAUGUGGUAUUCACAAUAGUAAGUCAGUCAGAGCCCUACCACGCCAGUGUGGCGAGGCGGCUGAAGCAAGAUAUACAGGGUCAAGUACUACAAAUAGAAAAGCAACAACCAACCGUCCAUAUCACCCACGAAGACUUCCCUGUUCCUGGAGCAUGGACAAUCAUUCCAUUGCUAAGGCCUUUAGUAACAAAGUACAAAGGCAGUGACGUGCGAUGGGUAUUUUUCAUGGAACCACACACGGCGGUCCGCUGUGCCAAGCUGUUCGAAGCUUUGGCUGCAGCUGAUAAGCAGAAGGACAUCAUGUGGAUAGGUUACCCACUGAGUGAUGAUGAACCGACGAUAAUACACCAUUUCACCUUCUACGAGCAUUUGGAAGAGGACGGAGGAUUUGUGUACCCCCACUUCGCUAACGGUUUCGCUAUGAGGAUCGAACUCAUGGAUAGGCUUUUGUACCAAAUAGAAAAGGACAAGCUCAUGUUAGAAGCAGACUUUUCUAUCGACCCAGCAUUUGAAUUGGCGCGGCUGGUGUACGGACAAAAGAACAACCCCGGACCCUUGUUAACGCCUGACCUGAGCUUCUGUGUUGUGUCCGGGGAUAACUGUGCUACAUAUCCGAGGCAAUUUGAUAUAUGUGGCAGUCCCAUUCCCGAGGACACGAUAUACUUCGCGGUUAAGACUUGGUCCGGUUUCCAUACAACCAGAGCUCGAGUAGUCAAAAAAACAUGGGGUAGGCAUGUUACACAUCUGCAGUUCUUCAGCGAUAUUGAUGAUCCCGAGCUCCCGGCAACGGACGUGGGUGUGCCCAACACGAAGACAGGUCAUUGCUUGAAGACCUUGACUAUACUAAAGAAGGUCGUGAAGAGGAUCGAAAAAAUGCCGCAUAUUAAGUGGAUAUUCUUGGCGGACGACGAUACUAUACUUGGUGUGCAGAGGCUGUGCGAAGUGCUGAGUUGUUACCGCGGCGGUUCUGACGUCACGGUGCUAGGCGAGAGAUACGGCUACGGGUAUGGCAAGAGAGAAACCGCAGCUAAAGGCUACGACUACAUAACGGGCGGCGGCGGCACGGUGCUGAGCGCGGGCGCGGCGCGGCGCUUGCGCGCGUGCGCGUGCGGCGCCGCGGCCGCGCCCGACGACAUGGCGCUGGGCGCGUGCGCCGCGCACCGCCUCAACGUCACGCUCACGCACUCGCCGCUGUUCCACCAGGCUCGGCCGCAAGACUACGCUCGCGAGGUUCUGGCGCGCGAUCGUCCCGUGUCCUUCCAUCGCCACUCGUCGCCAGAGCCGCUCCGGGUGUACGCCACGUGGUUCCAGCACGACGACCUCGCGGUACAGCGGAAGAAGAAUAGGGACGAACUGUAGGUGCUGGCCAAGAUCCAAAGAGAUUAAUAAAAUGCGAUGCCUUUUCGACGCGUGGUUUCGAGGAGUAAAUGUAUUUAACUAACUGUUAUGUUUUGCGUCUGCGUCAAUUUUUUUUCCACGAUUCUCGUAUGAAUUUUUGAGCGUGCGCUAAUCUUGUCUUGAGGAGACGCCGGAAAAAUGUAAUACUAUGAACUAAUAAGGGUAUGAAUAAAAUGCAUUUUAUUCAGCCGUCCAUCAUCCACGAGACGAACGCUUCGGUGGUGAACCAGUUGUUUUGCCAAUUGUCUCGCAUUGACGCGCAUUUCUUGAUGGAGAACGGCAAUCUGUGGUUAAAUAUAUAAUUUUUUGUGCUGUCCGACUGACAAACAAGGGUCUAUAGGAUCGUUGAAUGGUGCCAGCAGCGUCACGCGCGAUGUAACCGGGAACACUUCUGCGAUCUUAGUCGAUGCAUGCGUAUUUUUGCUAUUACAUUUGAUGGGGUUAAUUUAAAUCUGAGGUCCUUUACCAUGUGGAGACUUCGCUGUUAAGCCCUCCAUCAUCAUCAUAUCAACCCAUUGCCGGCCCAAUAUAGAGCACGGGUCACCACCCACAAUGGGCAGGGUUUAUGCAGUAGUCCACCUCGCUG